UCACCGAUUCUAUUCCAGCCAGCGGCUUGCUAGCUCCUCCUAAUUUUCUCUCCAGGCUCUUAAUUUUUCUUCUUCAUUAGUUUUUGUUCUUGCUCCAGAACAUUGCUGCUGUGAUCAAUAUUUCUUGAACAGGUCAACAACUCUCCGAUGGAGACCCACAAGGCCUAUUUUUUGUCUGCUAUUUUAGUGCUUGCGAUGCUGUCUUUUCUACAUGUACAGAGUGUUCAAGCCGCCCGGUUGAACUCGGUUGAACCAAGGAUUCUUAUGCCAACAGGGAAAGAUGAGCCAGAAGUCGAUGAUGAUGGUGAAGAAAUUGGCUCGAGAUGGGCGGUUCUUGUGGCCGGUUCGAGUGGUUAUGGAAAUUACAGGCAUCAGGCGGAUGUCUGCCAUGCAUAUCAACUAUUAAGAAAAGGCGGGAUAAAAGAAGAGAACAUAGUGGUGUUUAUGUAUGAUGAUAUAGCCAUGCAUGAGUUGAACCCAAGGCCUGGAGUUAUCAUCAACCAUCCACAAGGAGAUGAUGUUUAUGCUGGUGUGCCUAAGGAUUACACUGGUGAACAGGUUAAGACUGAGAAUCUGUAUGCAGUACUUCUUGGUAACAAGAGUGCAGUCAAGGGUGGAAGUGGCAAGGUUGUGGAUAGCAAGCCCAAUGACAGGAUCUUCUUGUACUAUUCUGAUCAUGGAGGUCCUGGAGUUCUUGGAAUGCCAAAUAUGCCUUUUCUAUAUGCAAUGGAUUUCAUCGAGGUUCUGAAGAAGAAACAUGCAUCUGGGAGCUACAAAGAAAUGGUAAUGUAUAUAGAAGCUUGCGAGAGUGGGAGCAUCUUCGAAGGGAUCAUGCCUAAGGACCUAAACAUUUACGUGACGACAGCAUCAAAUGCGGAAGAGAGUAGCUGGGGAACUUAUUGUCCUGGGAUGGAUCCAUCUCCACCCUCGGAGUAUGUCACUUGCUUAGGGGAUCUGUACAGUGUUGCUUGGAUGGAAGAUAGUGAAACACACAAUCUGAAGAAAGAAACAAUUAAGCAGCAAUAUCAUUCGGUGAAAGAGAGGACUUCCAAUUACAAUGCAUUCACUUCUGGAUCCCAUGUGAUGCAGUAUGGGAACGAAAGCCUCAAAGGAGAGAAGCUUUUUUUGUAUCAAGGUUUCGAUCCAGCUAGUGUAAACUUCCCUCCAAACAAUGGCCACAUUGGUGCGCGUAUGGAUGUUGUUAACCAGAGAGAUGCAGAGCUUGUUUUCCUCUGGCAAAUGUACAAAAGAGCUGAAGGUGGGUCAGAAAAGAAGACCCAAAUCCUCAAUCAGAUUAAAGAGACAAUGAGGCAUAGAACUCACUUGGACAGCAGCAUGGAAUUGAUUGCAACACUAUUAUUUGGACCUAAAAAAGGUUCCGCCAUCCUUAAAUCUGUUAGGGAACCCGGUUCGCCCCUAGUAGAUGACUGGAGAUGCUUAAAAUCAACGGUUCGAUUGUUUGAAACACAUUGUGGAUCACUGACUCAGUAUGGAAUGAAACACAUGCGAGCAUUUGCCAACAUUUGCAAUGGCGGCGUCUCUCUAGCCUCCAUGGAGGAAGCUUGUGUGGCCGCUUGUAGUGGCCAUGAUGCUGGGGAACUGCAUCCUUCAAACCAAGGUUACAGUGCUUGAUAGCCGGAAAAUCUGGAAUUAGCUUUCGGUAUGCUGAAUAUGUUAUUGUACAUACUGUUAGAUGCUUUAUCUCAGCAGUAGCAUUUCUAUACCCAGGUGUUCUUAGUGGGUGAUAUUUGUGAAAAAAAGAGAGGCUAUCGCCCUCACUACUUGUCAAUAUAAAUUCCAACUUCUAUGCA